AUGCACCUUUCUGUCACUCCGAGCGACACCUUCAACUUCGACGAGACCGCCUUGUUCCUCUCGAUCCUGCCGCGUAAGACAUAUGGCACCACCCGCACGGCCGGCCGGAAGAUUGCCAAGGAGCGGUUGACGGUGGGCUUCCUCGUCAACGCCGACGGAUCCCGUGUCUUCAAGCCGUUGGUGAUUUUGAAGGCGAGGAGGCCCCACGACUUUCGGCCCGACUACAAUCCCGAGGAGAAGUGUUUCUGGAGCAAUAACGCCAAAGGCUGGAUGACAAAGGCGUUGUUCACGCACUACAUCGAGCAGCUUGACGCCACCAUGUACGCCGACGGAAGGAAGAUCGUGGUGCUGCUCGACAACGCUAGCAGCCACACGCUCACGACGGAAAGUGUUACCAUUGAAGACAUGUUCGGCUUCCGCAUGUGCGCGCUCGGGAAUGUACGCCUCGUGUAUCUACCCCCGAACACGACUUGCUUCACUCAGCCUCUUGACCAGGGGCUCAUCUCAAUGGCGAAAGCUCGGUACCGUGCGCACUGGCUCCGCGCCUUUACCGACAUGUGGUGCGCCGACGGCGCAACUACCGCGACUGCGCGUUUCAGGCCGAAUCUGCGGCUUGUGCUGGAUUGGCUCCAUGACGCUGGGAUGAACGUGGGCCCGCGCGCCAUCCAGCGCUGCUGGUGGCGCACCGGAUGUCUUCCCCACGUGUGGGCCAUGUCUCUCCCACACGUGGGGGUCGGGAACGGCAACAACGGAACCAACGGCGGCGCGGGCGGCGGCGGUGCGAAUGUGGCAGACAUCGGCCUCGAUGCAGAGGUUGACGGUGUCGGCCUCCUCAUUGGCCAGCUGCGCCUCGGGCCGAGCGCGAUGGCCGCCGCCGAUUUCGUGAACGUCGACGCCAACCAGCCCACCUGCGCCGAACCGGGGGAGGACCCGCUUGCAAUGGAGCCCGCGUCCGCGGCGACGCCCGCAAUGUGGGAGGCGCAUGCGAACAUGCAGGCUGUCUACGACGAUAGCAACCCUGCGUCGCGCGAAGCGCGCCGCACCGCUCGUGCUUCGUGCGAGAUGCUGAUUGGUUACGCGCGGGCGACGUGCAUUUCCCCGCGGGACCUUUGCGCCUUGUUCGACAUCCGGAACCCCAUCAUCGUGGCGCAGAUGGAACGCGCGAGCCCGCCUCUCGAUCUCAACCACGCCCCACCCCCGGAUGUGACUCACGUCGACACCCCGCCGCCUGAGACCCCUCGUCGCCACGGUCGGGUGCUUCCUGCGUGGGCGCAUGUGCCCACCCCAGACUAG